UGGCCCUGUGGUUUUGUUCUGCAUUGUUCUGGUUCUGAGGAUUCUGAAUGAGAAGUCAGAACUUCUGACAAUUUGACAACGCAGAGACAGUGGCAGACAUUCGAUAACAAGUCUUUGUUCGGUUUGUUCUGUCUGAAUUUAAAUCUUUUUUGAAUAAAUGAUGAAAUUACUUUUAUUAGUGGGUAUCGUGGUAUCGGUCUUCUGCUCGUGUACCAAUGCGGAUGAUAAAAAAGGCCCGAAAGUAACGGACAAGGUAUGGUUUAAUAUUAACAUUGAUGGAAAACCUGAAGGAAGAAUCGAGAUUGGUCUCUUUGGAAAGACUGUUCCAAAAACUGUGAACAACUUUGUAGAAUUAGCUAAGAAACCUCAGGGAGAAGGGUACAAAGGUAGCAAAUUCCAUAGGGUUAUCCGCGAGUUUAUGAUCCAAGGAGGAGAUUUUACAAAAGGAGAUGGAACCGGAGGUCAUAGUAUUUAUGGGAAUCGUUUUGAGGAUGAAAACUUCAAGUUGAAGCAUUAUGGUGCUGGAUGGCUUUCUAUGGCAAAUGCUGGAAAAGACACAAAUGGUUCUCAAUUCUUCAUUACUGUGAAACAGACUCCUUGGCUCGAUGGUAGACAUGUAGUUUUUGGCAAAGUCAUCAAAGGAAUGGAUGUAGUGCGAAAAAUUGAAAAAGUAAAUACCGAUACUCGUGAUAGACCAGCCAAGGAUGUUGUGAUUGCUGAUUGUGGAGCAGAAGUUGUAACAGAACCAUUUAGCGUGUCAAAGGACAAUGCUACAGAGUAAAUAGUAUAUUUAUAGUUUAUUUUCUUUGAAUGAAGUAACUGUUUAAUAUUGCUACUAACUACAUAAAUGACAUGCUUUGAUGCAAUGACUUCGUAUUUCUCUGUAUGUCUUUGAGAUUCAUCAAGGAGAGAAUAUAAUGUUACAAAUAUUAGAGAAUGUCUAUUUUUGGAAAACUCCAUUUCAAGACAUUCAAGAUAGGUCCUGUAUUUAGUAGUAACAUUCUGCAGAACAUACAGAGUUGAAAGAGCACAACAUUGUAUGACAGAUAUUCUAUCUAAUUUAUCAUUAUUUUAUUCCACCUUUUAUAAAAAUAUAUGUAUGUGUCGGAA